AUGUCACGAGCUGUUCAGCUUCCAAUCCCCUGCCCUGUACAGCUUGGUUCAUUAAGGAAUGACUCUCUGGAAGCUCAGUUCCAUGAAUAUGUCAAACAAGGAAACUAUGUUAAAGUGAAAAAAAUCCUGAAGAAAGGAAUUUAUGUUGACACUGUAAAUUCUCUGGGCCAGACAGCACUUUUCACUGCCGCAUUAUUAGGUCUUCCCAAAUUAGUUGAUGUCCUGGUCGAUUAUGGAUCAGAUCCAAAUCAUCGCUGCUUUGAUGGAAGUACACCUGUCCAUGCAGCAGCAUUUUCCGGCAAUCAGUGGAUCCUCAGCAAACUGUUGGAUGCAGGUGGUGACUUGAGACUCCAUGACGAAGAUGGCAAAAAUCCUCAGAGCUGGGCUUUGUCCUCAGGGAAGGAGAGAAGCACUGCGAUGGUGGAAUUCAUGCACCGAUGUGCCUCCCACAUGCAGGCAAUCAUUCAGGGAUUUUCUUACGAUCUGCUGAAGAGGAUUGACUCUCCACAGAGACUCAUCUGUAGCCCAUCCAGAUUUGGCAGCCUGAUGCAUGGAAACCCUGACAACUCCCCUAACCGCCUGCUCAAACCUGGAGUUGUUUCUUCUAAAAACAUCUACAGCUUUGGUUUUGGGAAGUUUUAUCUCACAGGAGGGACCCAGCUGGCUUAUUUGGGAUCUCUCCCAGUGAUCGGAGAAAAGGAAGUGAUCCAAGCAGAUGAUGAACCAACCUUCUCUUUCUUCAGUGGUCCCUACAUGAUCAUGACAAAUCUCAUGUGGAAUGGCAGUAGAGUCACCGUGAAGGAACUCAACUUUGCAACUCACCAGAACUGCAGUAAGCUCCGGUUUGCAGACUUAUUGAUUGCAGAACAGGAGCAUAGCAGUAAAUUACGUCAUCCCCACUUGCUGCAGCUGAUGGCGGUAUGUUUGUCUCAGGAUCUCGAAAAAACUCGUCUGGUAUAUGAGAGGAUUAACAUUGGCUCCCUCUACAGCAUCCUUCAUGAAAGGCGUUCCCAGUUUCCUGUGUUGCACAUGGAGGUAAUUGUGCAUUUACUGCUCCAGAUUAAUGAUGCACUAAGAUAUUUGCACUCCAGAGGAUUUGUGCACCGCUCGCUCAGUUCUUAUGCUGUCCAUAUUGUGUCAGCAGGUGAAGCAAGACUGACCAACUUGGAAUACAUGAUAGAAAGUCAGGAUGGAAGUGUCCACAAGGACCUGACCCGUGUUCCCAUCCCUACUGUACUGUACAGUUGGUCAGCUCCAGAGGUAAUCUUGCAGAAGGGUGCUACAGUCAAAUCAGAUAUCUACAGCUUUUGUAUCAUCAUACAAGAAAUAUUAACAGAUACCUUACCUUGGAAUGGUUUGGAAGGUUCAGUUAUUAAGGAAUCUAUAGUUUUGGGGAAUCAUUUAGAAGCAGAUGCCAGACUUCCAAAAACUUACUAUGAUAUUGUUAAGACAGGCAUACAAGUCAAACAAAAAGAUCGAACUAUGAAUCUUCAAGACAUUAGAUAUAUUCUAAAGAAUGACUUAAAGGAUUUAAUUGAAGCCCAAAGAACCCAUCCAGUUGAAAAUUCAAAUGUUGAAAGAUGUAAAAAGCAUCCGGACAUAAAUAUUUAUUUAGGUAUGACAUCGGAAAGUCAGAGAGAGGCCCUUGAUUUGGAAGUCCGGGAGCUAAAGGAAACAGGCUGUCAGCCCGAUUCACCACAACGCCACUCAGCUCUACCUGAGAAAGCAGCACUGGAUGGUGAGGUUUUGAAUCGCAGUAUGACAGCGAAGGAAAUGGAGAGUCAUGAUACUACAUCUGAAUUGGCUAGGGCUUGUAGCCCAAGUUGUGGAGAUGAGAGCCUCUGUAGUUUUGAAAUAAAUGAAAUCUAUUCAUGUUACUUGGAUAUGUGCGAUGACGAUUUGGGAGAAAUUACGACAUCAGAUAUUUCUUUAGGAGAUGGAAAAAACCGAAGGGAAGGAGCCAAGUCCAUGACUGGAGAAUCACCUGAAAGAGACAAAGAUGCCCUCUUUGAUUAUGAUGAUAUCACUGCUUCUGAAGUGGGCACGGAGUCAUCCUCUGAGCAGUGGCAUCCUCUCAGUGACACCUUCAGUUCACACAUAGAAGAGGUGUCCAAGGAAGCCAAGCCAGACAUGAGUAGCAAGUCCAGAACUGAGCAGUAUAUCAGUAAAUGUGUUCUUAACUUGAAGAUCUCUCAGACUUUAAUGCAGCAGGUGACUGAAUCCCUGCAAAAUGCAGAACAGAAGAUAGUCAAACUAGAGGCAGUGAGAAAGCGACAGGAACAGCACAUCUCAUGGCCUGUCCUAAGACUCUCUGCACAGAGUCAUGAUACAUCGGCCAUGUGGGUUGCCAUUGGGCCCCCAGCAAACUGCUACAUCCCUCCUUCUUUGCAAAUACCAAUAGAGCAGCCUGGUUGUAUUGACCGUUUCCAGAACCUGGUGAAGACAAUUCGGGCAGCAGUCACAGAUGGAAGUCUUUUGAGUCUGUCCCUGAAGAAAGUAUUGGAGACCAGCCUGAAAAGAAUUACCAGGAUGAGUGCAGAAUCGAUAUCAUCGGAAUUCUGUAACCCAAAGACAAGAAAUGAUGACAGUAUAGAGGCACGAUUAAAAUGGACAACUGAAGUGAAGGAAAUGGCUGAAAAGGCAGCUAGUGGACAGCUUGGAAGUCUUCUUUGGUAUCCUCUGAACAAUCAUACUUCAGACAGCGAGACAGAAAAUGAUUUUGAAUCCAUGCAGCAGUCUCCUAGGGAAUCAAAGUAUACUGACUGCCACCAGACUGAGCCUCCCAGAGAUCAAGAUGAUGCAGGCAGAAAAGACCAGUGUGAGAAAACCAUUCACAAUGACUCAGAAAGUGAAGACAGUGAGAGGGAGACCAGGUUCCAAAAUUUAACAGGCACAAGACACAACUUACCAAGAAAGAAAAAGCAGCCAGACAAUGGAGGAGCUUUUCAUAAGAAUUCUGACUCUCCUGAAGGAAUUGAGAAGCUCAGUAGUGUAAGUGACAUAGUACAGGAGCAUUCCAUGGAAUCACCUUAUUCAGCAGAUUCUUCUGAAGAUGUAACAGAUGAAUUUUUAACCCCUGAUCAUGAUUACUUUUAUACCCCAGCUGUUCAAGAACAUUUGGAAGUUAAAAUGACAGUUAAGUCCCAGACCUUAAGUCAUGAGGCUAAUGUCUCGGAAGUCACACAAGGAGUCUAUGAUGUCCAAAAACAAGACUCUGGUGGAGAAAAGUUUCAAGUAAUCGAAAAAAUCCUUGGAAAUAAGUCUGAGUGUGUGACAGAACUUCAGUUCACACCCAUAAGUUUUAGAGAAGAAGAAACAAAAGAAUCCUCAAAAGUAUUGAAAGAGGAAGAUAUAUCAUUAAUAGAUAUUCAGGAAUUAUCCAGUAUCUCAUGGGAAAAAGGAAGCUCUUGUAAGGAAAUGCCCUGCAAAACACCCAAAGCAAGCCAUGGACCCACCAAUGUCAGCACUCCACUCAGCCCAAUAGGGGCAGCUUCAUCAAGCAUCAGUCUGUAUAAAAACUAUUCUCAAGGGAACUCUUCCCAACCUAAAGUCCAGGAAACCUCUUGCUGGAACAGCCAGGAGUCCAUUAGGACAAUGUCAAAUACGUUCACAACAGCCAGCGGCAAAAGGGGCUGGACCACCGAUUCUCUCUCCUUCCCCUCCGAAAUACCUUCCUUUGGAUUGACCACCCCUGGUAGUUUGUCUAUAUUCAGUGGACCUGGUUCUUCCAUCACCAAGGCCAAAGCAGAAUCUGAGAAAUUUUUUCCUGCCGCUCAGCAAAGCAGACUACAGAAAGUCUUUAAAGAGAUAGCAGAUUCUUCUUCACCAGAUUGUAUUGAUGAACUGCCCCCACCUUCCCAAGAACUCCUUGAUGAAAUAGAGCAUUUGAAGCAGCAAAGUGCUUCUUCCUCAGUGUUGGGUGAGAACAGGUCAAAUUCCUGUGAUCUGACAUUAAAUGAUCAAAGACAUUUAGAAGAAAAAAUCAUUGAGAAUAAAGGAGAAGAUGGCAGUAUACUUUGGACCAAAGAGACUCUGUACUUAACAGAAGAGACAGAUAGGGCUCACUCUACUUUGGAUGAGGACUUGGAAAGAUGGCUACAGCCAUCUGAGAAGAGCGAGGAAUUCCAAGGUCUUACAGAAAGCUCUGCAAGGGAGACAAGUAUAACAGAUCAAGAAGUUGGUGAAAAGAAGAAAAAGGGGGGAGAAAGGGCCAAGGCAGAGAGAAGGAAACCAGACAGCUUUUCUGGGAGCCCUGAAGAUCAGGAAGAACUGAAACCUGGUUUGUGGCAUCGCCUGGGUUGGAGUCAACCAUCGAGGAUAAUCGUUCUGGAUCAGAGCAACACCUCAGACUAAUCUGAGUUCGAUAAUAGAUAAGUUUCCGGUAUGUUUUUAUGUUCUCCCUGUUGCAUGCUCCCUGCCUCUGGUUGGCCACGAUCUUCAUGACCCUCAUCAAAUCCUCCUACAGUCGACUUGCACUUGUCUUCUCAUUAUAAUAACAGACAUGAGGGGUAUGCCUAGAUCCAUUUGCUAGUGCAUAGAGUCUUGCAAGGUCUUUAGUCUUGAUUUACUGGUGAGAGAAUUUGGGAUAUAAAAGUUUGUUUAUGGGUCUGUAAAUUCAAUCCAGUGGUUGGCAGUGGCUUGU